GCGCAUCAAAUCGAGUUACCCGCGCGUGGACUCUUGGGAGUUGAAUUCAGGUUCUCUCCAAGCGCAUCGCCAUGAAACUGCUAGUGGCGGGAGACGUCGACGGAAACUUCAGGCAGCUCUUCAGCAGAGCUGAGAGCAUUUUGAAGAAGUCUGGGCCUUUUGAGAUGCUGCUCUGCGUGGGUUCGUUCUUUGGUGACUCGGAGUGCAGUAGAGAGCAGUGGCAGAGCUAUGUGGAGGGAAAGGAGAAAGUGCCGCUGCCUACCUAUAUCUUGGGGCCAGGGUCGCCAGGUGAGGCGGUCUCCUACCAGAGUCUGGGUAGAGAUGGAGGGGAGCUGUGUCCGAACCUAACUUGUCUCGGUCAGAGAGGGGUGUUCAAGACGUCAGGAGGACUCCAGGUUGUGUACCUCAGUGGAAGACACCAUGAAGACAGAUUUAGCCAAGAUCUUUCAUCACAGAAGACUAUGUCACCGUACAUGACGAGUAGUGAUGUUGAAAGUCUGAAGGAAAUGGCAGCAAAGUCAAAGGAAGAAUUUCGCGGAGUCGACAUUCUCCUCACCACCGAGUGGCCGAGGGGCGUGGCCACCCACACUGCCACGCCCCCCGACUGGUUGGACGCUGACAACGCGGGGAGUGUGGAGGUGGCACAACUGGCAGUGGCUGUCAGACCUCGCUACCACAUUGUGGCUGGACUGAAACACUUCUAUGAGAGAACUCCUUACAGGAAUCACCAAGUACUGCGAGGGCAGCAACUGCAUGUCACCAGAUUCAUUGCUCUGGCAAAUGUCGGAAAUCCAGACAAAAAGAACAGGUAUCUGUAUGCCUUCAACAUCACACCGCUCACUGAGAUGGAUACACAAGAACUGGUACAACAACCUCCAGCCAUUACCAACUGCCCAUAUCACCAUCUUCUGGGGACCAAGAAGGGACGAGAUGUGGAAGAUGGAGGGGACAGCAGGUUUCUUCUUGAUCAGAAGAGUCUGGACGUUGCUAGAGAGGAACACGCAAGACACACAGCAGAGGUGUCGCGCGAGGUAAGAGGAACAGAGGAGACAGAGGAGUACAAGAUAAAACAGUCGGCCUCUCUCCACUCCUCCCUCUUCUCAUUCCCCUCACACCUCACACACUCCCACGGCUCCCCGAGGUCCUGCUGGUUCUGCCUCGCGGCCCUCAGGUGGAGAGAAAAACAUCUCUGUCAUCACUGUUGGAGAUACAUUCAUACUGGCUCUGCCAAGGGAGGGUUGGUUCAGAACACGGCCUCAUUCUACCAAUAGGUCAUCAUGGAGCCUUCCACCUCUACCCCUCAGGCUAUACUUUUGAACGAAGCCUCUUACUCAGGGCACACUAGAUUGGAGGUGCUUGAGGAGAUGAAGAGGUUCAGCGACUCCUCAAGAGACUACUACAACAGACAAGGACCAGAUCGUGCAUCAGCUCGAGAGGAACUUCAAAUCACAGCAUCUGCAGAUUACAGGGGUGCCAGUACCAAAGACACCAGAGAAGAGCGCUCUAAGACAAGUCUUCAUAGACCACGGCAAGUCACUAGGACAUGGAAUUCAACAGAGAUGGACAGAGCCACUCCACUGACUGACAUGGUUGACUGUUGGUGCUCCAUAUUUCGUGGCUCACUUUGACGAGGGACCACAGCUGUUUGUCCGUAUCAGAGGAAGAUUUCCACUCCAGUUGGAAGGGAGGUGCUGUGUUCACCACUGCUACUGGCAGCCCCGCAGAGAGUGACUGAGAGAGUGCAAUCUCUCAGCAAGAAGCCGCGAAGACAGCAGAGAUGCGCACGCCAGAUGAGACCAACGUUGAACUUUCUGAUUACAGAGGCAGGGAGUAACGCCACAGGGCGCAUACACGCAGUCACAUUACUACUGCCUACACAGAACAAAUCAAACACCGUAUAGGCUUAGCGCGCUCGUGAGUCACAAGCAGGACCAGUGCACCAUACAAAAUAUCAUACAUGUCAGCUUUGCCACCAAAACACGACACUACCUUA